GAGAGCGAGCUGCCGGGCUCGGUCACGCCCGCUGCGGAGGACAGAAUAAAAGCGCGUGACUGAGAUCUCGCAGCACAGAUCUGCCUGGACGCACAGACUCACUGCACGCGCUCUCUCUGCUGCACCGGGACCGGAUCUUUGAUACCGAGCUGGAUUACCGUUUCACUGGGACUUUAUCACUCCGGGACUUUAGCAGCCUCUCAGCUGUGGAUCUUAUUUCUUAUCCUGGAUCUAGUGGAUUAUUUUACUGACUUCAACAUGACUCUGGAGGAAGUCAUCGGAUCCAAUAGCACCGAGAAAAAGAUGGAGACGGUGAGUCAGGCUCUGGAGGAGCUGCUGGUCGCUGCUCAGAAACAGGACUGUCUCACGGUGGGAGUCUACGAGUCCGCCAAGCUCAUGAAUGUAGAUCCAGACAGUGUGGUUCUGUGUGUUCUGGCUACAGAUGAGGAAGAUGAAGGAGACAUCGCGCUGCAGAUCCACUUCACUCUUCUUCAGGCUUUCUGCUGCGACAACGACAUCAACAUCCUGCGCGUCUCCGGCAUGCGGCGCCUCGCUCAGCUGCUGGAGGACGACGUUACCGACGGCAACGGCAACGAGCCCCGUGACCUGCACUGCAUCCUGGUCACCAACCCCCCGGUGCAGCCGCUACAGUGCCAGGCCCUGCAGGACGUCGGCAGCUUCUGUGAGGAGAGCCGCUGCAGGAACCAAUGGGUUCCGAGUCUGGAGCUGACGGCUCGCUGAGCAGAACCGAGCUGAGCCGAGUCAGACCGCUGCGGAGCGGAGAGAAGAAGUGGAAACAGUCCAAACAGCCGCCUCGUGCAGAAGAGGACUAACGGUGUUUGAGUGAUGAGGGAACCGGAACCGAAUAGAACCGGCCGGAACCGAACAGAACCGGAACCGACCGGACCAGAACCGACCGGCCUCUCAGCCUGAUGUGAUUGGUUAGCGCGGUGCGUGAGCUGCCGGUGCCUGGCGGUUUGUGGAGGCGCGUGCAGGACGGUCCUGCAGAGACUUUGGGGGCGGAGCUACUGUCAUGUGACUGGCGGCAGCUGUCAUGUGACUGGCGGCAGCUGUCAUGUGACUGGCAGCAGCCGUCAUGUGACUGGCGGCAGCCGUCAUGUGACUGGCGGCAGCUGGAUGAAGUGAACAGCUGUGUGCAGGUGAAGCAGAUGUUCGCUCACCUGUCUGCACAAUGAACUGAACAAAGCUACGGAGCAGUGAUGUCAUAUCCUGUUGUUUUAUUGUUAUGAUGAUGUCAUGAAGUCACACACUGACCUGAUUAUUUAAUAUGAAGAGUUCUAAUAUAAAGCUGAUCACAUGUUUAUUGAUAUGAUGAAUAAAUUAUUGAUGGAA